AUGAUCGGCCAAUCAUACCUACAUCCCUCUGGCAAUGCCUCUCCACAAGCUCCCCCGUACGCUUCUUCUCUCUCUUCCGCCUCCUCUCUUUCAACCGCUUCCUCCGCCGAGUCCAUCUUCUCCGCCAUUUCAUCCUCCCAGGAGUCUGUCUCCAGCUGCGGCACCACGCACUCCUCUGUUUCUGGAAGUGAUACUUGGUCUUACCCGGGUGCGUCCGCUGCCGAUUACGCCACCAUCGCUCCGCUGGCCAGGGUGAGCACCUUCCCCCAAGCUAAACUUCCGACGGCUUGCGGUCACAAUGGCUCUGAACGAUACCUGCCUCCUUUGCGGACCGAUGUUGCCGUCCCCGUUCCGCAUCGUCAGCACCCGCGCCGCUCUUCGACUCUUGGACAACGACCUCCGCCUCAGCUUGUUCGUCAGACAGAACGGAAGCUUAACUUUGUCGAUUGCCUUGUCGAUUCUGCGACGGAAAUGGUUCAAGUCAUCUGGCCCUUGUCCGACCAGUCCACCCGCUGCGAUUCCGUCACUGGUCGUGGUGUGCUCCCCCUGCGCACCUACAUCCAGGAAACGCUGCGCCGGUCGCGGACCAGCUAUUCGACGCUCCAGGUGGCCUUAUAUUACCUCAUAUUGAUCAAGCCGCACGUUCCCAAGCAUGACUUCACCAUGGAGCAAGCCCUCGACGCGAAUUCCUACCGGGCUUUGCAGUGCGGCAGGCGCAUGUUCCUUGCUGCUCUCAUUCUUGCCUCAAAGUACUUGCAGGACCGCAACUACUCGGCCAAGGCAUGGAGCAAGAUGUCGGGUCUGAACGUUUGCGAAAUCAAUACAAAUGAGAAGGCUUUCCUGGAGGCUGUCAACUGGAAACUGCACAUCACUGAUCCGAUCUGGAAGCGGUGGCAGGAGGUUGUUCUGCGUUACACCCCUAGGGAUCCCCCCACCUCUCCGGGGGCGUCAGCGCCGAACAUGUGGAAGACCAUCAUUCCGUAUCUGACCCCUGAUCUGGACAUCGUCGUGCCCCCCUCGACCCCAGUCAGUCCUGUAUACCCAGAGUUCAAGCCGGCCCUUCCCCGUCUCUCUCCUCUCUCUGUGCCGGACGAGCGAGGUUCGCAAGGGCCCACAUCGACGCCUAUGUACCAGCUUCCACCUUAUUUGGAACCGAAACCCGAUCUCGUGCCUCCUACUCCACCGCGCGUACAUCUAGGUCCGUUGCCUACGCCCUGCCUCACCCCUCUGUCCGCUGGCUCCGCCACUCCUGCAGCGAGUGGUGCAGCUCUUUCGUGUCGGCGACCGUCAAUGCGCAGCGCAAUCGAGCAGGCGCAGAGUUGCUCAAUGGCUCGGUCGUAUAUGGAUCAAUUUACUCCCAGCAUGAGAAAGGGGCUCGAAGCAUACCACUUCCCGACCCGGCGUCCUUCCAUCGCUCCAUCAACGUCCUCUUUGACAUCCUCCCCGGAAUCCAUGGUGACGGACAACUCCCGCUCCUCGCGUGCCUCGUCCAUCUCCUCCGUCUCAUCUGCAGGCUUGGCGCUGCACCGACCUCGAUUGGCUCGAUUAGCUGCCAACUGCAACCUGGGACGGCGUUGCGCCGUCUUGGCGGAGUGCAAGGAGAAGCAGGAGGAGGACACGCCGCAACUCACGUCUUCACCUCCGGACCUGGGAAGUUUCCAUAUUUCUGACGCUGAGGAGCCCAUGGCUCUGUCUGGUGAUAGCCAGCCUGUUUCCGGUGGAGUAACGGGCGCCAAACGCGCGGGUGCCUGCGUCGGUCGCAAACGCGGUAGAUCUUCGGUCGAUCUUCAAAGGAACGUUCGCGCGUUGCUCAACAACUGCCCUUUCAACAAGGCAUGGCCACGGGCAGUCGAUGCGGAGGCAAUUCAAGACUCGGCAGAAGCUUGUCCAUCGGAGUUCCUCGCCGUGAAGUACUCUAAAGAGAGGACGCCUGUUUGCGAAACCAAGGGGCUGCAGUCCCCAGUUCGCGUGGCGACGGAACGAAGACGUCCCCUGUUGAAGGAGAUGGGUUCGAAACGGACUUGCGCGAGCGAGGCGGGUGUGCUCUUUGGGGAGGUGACCACUGCGAGUCCCGUUUGUCAUUGA